AUGGAUCCGUUGACCACCGUCAUUGGGAUCGGUCUCUCCGCAGCCUAUGCAGAUGCCAAGUGGCACUUCUCGAAGGAUAUCCAAACGAAGCUCAUUGAAUUCUUAUUUGUUCGGCGCGUCGGGCAGACCAUCACGGAGAACGCGGAGUAUAUGAGCUUGUACGGCGUACUCGAGAAGCAGGAUCCUAUGAGAGAUGCCCUUUGGUUCGAAGGCCGUACGUGGACGUAUGGCGAAGCGAAGGUUGAAGUGGACAAGUUGGCCGCUUACUUCUUGAAGCGUGGGUUGAGUGCGAAGGAGAGAGCUGCUGUGUUUAUGACGAAUACUCCUGAAUUCUGGUUCACUGUCGUGGCUAUGACAAAGAUUGGCGUGACUGCUGCCCUGGUCAAUUCAAGUCUGCGAGACGAAACAUUGAUUCAUUGCAUUGAUCUCGCCGAUGCGAAGCUCGUGAUCGCGACGCCUGAUCUUGCUCCCCAUGUCUCCUCCGUCAUCGACAGGCUCAAGUCCAAGACACCUGCUAUUUCUCUUGUUCACUCCUCCUUCAGCAACUCUCAGCCAGUGACUGGAGUGGAGUCAGUGAUGAUGCAAGACCUCCCUCCGUGGAACUUGACGGAGUGGAAGCGUCCUGUAAUCAAAGGUGACGACAUCACCUGCCUGAUUUACACCUCCGGCACGACUGGCAAACCUAAAGCAUGUGCCAUCAAGGCUGCGUUCACGAUGUUCGUCUGUUCCCGCUUCCCAUUUGAUAACAGCAUCCCUAGGACAUACAGUGCUCUUCCACUUUUUCACGGUACGUGCUUCUUCACAGGAAUGUGCAACAUGGUGGGAAACGGCGGCUGCUUCUGUCUCGCACGCCGCUUCUCGACCAGGAAUUUCUGGAAGGACUGUACCGAGUCCCGCGCGACACGGAUUCUUUAUGUCGGUGAACUUUGUAGGUAUCUUGUCGCGAGUUCGCCCUCGGAGUGGGAUCGGAAGCAUCAAGUCACUGUUGCAACUGGGAACGGGAUGCGUGCGGAAGUGUGGGAUAGGUUCAAGGAACGUUUUGGGGUUUGUGAGAUUAGAGAGUAUUAUCGGUCUACGGAGGGUGUGGCUAAGUUUGAUAAUUGGUCUUCGGGAUUAUGGGGAGCGGGGAAGGUUGGACAUCGGGGGCUGUUGGCGAGGUGGUGGGCUGAUGAUACCAUUAUUGUCAAGUUUGACGCGGAGAACGAGCGGCCCUAUCGUAAUCCGAAGACUGGGUUUUGUGUGAGAGCGAAGCUUGGUGAGGGCGGUGAGGCUCUUGGGAAGAUUCAGCCUUGGACGCCGUUGGCCAGAUAUCUGAACAAUGAUGAGGCGACCGAGGCAAAGAUCAUUCGAGACGUCUUCAAGAAGGGCGACAUCUACCAACGCUCAGGCGAUCUGCUGGUGAUGGAUCACGACGGAUGGGUAACCUUCAUUGAUAGGAUUGGCGACUCGUAUAGGUGGAAAGGCGAAAACGUCAGCGCAGGCGAAGUACGCGAUCAUCUGAGCACGAUCUCUGGUGUUCGCGACGCCUCCGUCUUCGGUAGCAAACUGGAGGCGUAUGAUGGCCAAGUCGGCUGUUUAGCAUUGACUUUGGAGAAAGGUAUCGACGUAAAAGGGUUCAUGUCUGAACUUUACGGACAUUUGAAGAGGAAGGGUCUUCCGGAGUAUGCUUUACCGAGGUUGGUAAGGAUUGUUAAGGAUACGUAA